GGAAGUAGAAAUCUUCAAUUCCUGAGUCAUCGCGGUUCAAAAUCAGAAGUCUGAACCAAAUUACUAUUAUCAUCCAAUAUUUCUGUCUUAAAUUAUCUUCUGGGAUUAACUUCAAUGGAGGGCUCUGUAUCAAAUGUAGAGAUAUGCAAUUUCGCAUACACAGGGCAAUUUGACAAAUUAAGGCAAUGCAUUUUGUCAGAUAAAAGACUCGCUUCUAAAACGGAUCAGGACCACAGAACUGCGCUGCAUUGGGCUUGCUCCGCUGGUCACACCGCUAUUGUUGAGUUUUUGCUAGACAUGGGGGCUGAUGUCAAUCUCCAAGAUGAUGCUUCAUGGACCCCUCUCCACAUCGCUGCUUCAGCAGGCAGAGAAGACAUAGUGCGCUCUCUGAUCUCCAAAGGUGCUCAACUUAACUCUGUCAAUCAAAAUGGCUGCACGCCUCUUCACUACGCAGCAUCAAAAGACAGAUACGAGAUAGCUCGGAUUUUACUAGAAAACGGAGCAGACCCCAACGCCACAGACAAAUUGGACUCUACUCCACUUCACCGAGCAGCUGCCAAAGGAAACUACCGCCUCAUCCAGCUGUUGCUCAAACAGAGUGCAUCCACCAACAUACAGGACUCCCAGGGCAACACACCACUUCACCUGGCCUGCGAUGAGGAGCGUGUGGAGGCGGCCAAACUGCUGGUGGAGCAUGGAGCCAGUAUUUAUAUUGAGAACAAAGAGGAGAAGACCCCUGUGCAGAUUGCUAAAGGGGCACUGGGGAACAUACUGCAGCGGAUUGUGGAGGGAUGAUGCUUUUCUGUGUGCUUGUAAAAGGAGUCACUGUUAACAAGAUACUGAGAGAGGAUCUUUCUGAUACUUAGCAGAGAGGAUAUACUUUACAAUGACAGAGACAUAACAAUGUGAUGUUCGCUCAGAACAUGUAACAAGAGAUGCCAGAUUUUUGAAGAUGGUUUUCUGCACUAUGCACAGUGUUUACCACAGCCAUUCAUACUACAGUACAUGAUGUCUAGAUGGCUGUAAUAUUUAAUAAAAAAAAAAUCAUUCUG